AUGGAUCAUAGCAAUAAGAAAGAGGUGCACUUAAAUUCAACGGGAUUGGAAUAGUUUCCUAUAAUUGUACACACAAGGUAUUUGAACCUAAGCAACAACAACAUAAAGAUGAUUCCUACUAGAAUAGUUGAAUUAUAAUAAUUGGAGAUAUUGAUAUUGAAUCACAAUUACAUAAGUGCUUUUCCCAAGGUUUAGAUGCCAAGAUUGCAUACCUUGGAUAUUGCUAAUAAUCAAUUAAUGUCCACUGACUUUUCUUCUUUGAAUUUGGUGACUUUGGAUGUUCAACAGAACCCAUUUGAAAUAUAUUAACAUCAGCCUUCAAUUCAAUAGAUAAAUUUGAGUUGGUUUUUAUUGAUUGAGAUGGAUAGUAAGCAAUAAAAUUUGCAGAAAAGUACAAUCGGGUAAUUGUUGAGAAAUCAUAGGGAAUUCAACUUCAAUCAUUUUGUGAAUGUAUUUUCAUCAUUUACAAAUACAGUGUUGAUCAAGGCAAUUCAAUAUGAUGAGAGAAGUGUGAUACCUUCUAUUUGUGUAUAUCAUCCCGAAUAUUUGAUGAGAAUGUACCACCCUCAGCCAGUGAUAUUGGCAGGAAAGUUGAACAUUAAAAUCUUCAAGAUUUUGCUGGAUCACAUUGAUCCAUGUUCGAAAUUAGUUAGAUUUGUACUUUUGUGGGCAUGUAGCAAACUGGAAGUCGAGAUAGUGGAGUAUAUGAUAGAGAAACAAAUAUUUGGGGUUUGGGAAGAGAAGAUGUUGGUGAUUAGUCAAAAUGUGGGUACACCUAUGAAAGGUGUGAAUGGAGAUACACCAUUGCAUUUUGUAUUGAGAAAGCAUUGUAGAAAUCAGAGUGAAUAUGACAAUUAACAAAAACUGAUUCACAUUUUGAUGAGAUACCAAAAUCCUAAUCAAAAAAAUAGUCAGAAAGUAGCCCCUAUCCAUGAGGUCUUGCAGGUGCCAUCAAUUCGAAGUUUCUAAUCAUGCAGUGAGGAGUACUUUGAUUACAACAAGAAAAUGGGAAAGCAAAAGGAUUCCCUAAUGCACCAAGCGGCAUCUCUAGGAUACGUCUAGGCAUUGCAAUACUUAAGUGGUAAGGUCGAUAUCUUUAGUGUGAACAGACAAAACAAGACUCCCAAGCAGAAGUGUUCACCAUCUGUGCUUAUACUUAAAUACGCUAGGAAACUAGAAUUAUAGGAUCUAAUAGCCAAUCUAAUCCUGGUUCAAUAGCAUCUGUCAGUUUCCGUUAGAAACUUCCAUGCAGAUUUCCACAUCCAAAUUAAUGGGGAAGAUGACCUUUAUUAAUUAUUCUUCAAGGACAUGAUACUAUCAGAUAAACUCAUUGUAGUAAUUCUUCUCAACAUGUUACAAUUCAAAUAACUGUACAAUUUGAAGUUCACUUCCUAAAGAGUUAUCAAACCUAUUUAAUAUAUCAAUAAUUGUCAACACAAUUUCAAACCAGACAUCAAGUAAUUUAAAUCACUUCUUUCAGAUUAAUUAGCAGCCAAUAAGAGAACGAUUCAAAAUCCAAUCAAAUAACAAGAAGUUAUAAUCAAAAAUUCAAUAAAGUCAGCCAGCAUUUGUUUAGAUCAAAUUGAAGAUACAAGUGAUGAAUUAUAUGAUAUAAUGGUCAUUUAUUAGAUGAUAGGCAUAAAUGGAGAUUUAUCUAAUAGAACAGUUCUUUUGGAUUAUGAGGAUUUUUAGUAAAAAUAAUUUAGAAGGACCUGUUUUCAAUAGAAAAUCAAUAAAAACUAUUUUACUGGACGUCAAUAGAGUCCAUUGCCAGUUAGAUACAACUAUGAUAAUUAUAUCACUUAUAGAAAGAUAAAAUCUAAUAACUAUGCUAAAGAUUCUAGAGAAUACAGUCAUAGUGCCAAUUAGAUUGAAAGAAGGCGAAUUCUAUGA